AUGCUCUCUGCUACCUUUUCUCAUUUCCAUGUGUUUGGUGACUUUAACAUCCCUGAUGCUGAUUGGAAUGCCCCAUGCUCCGUCAAUGUGAACACACCGAUGGCCAUAAUCUCAAAUGUCAUUACAAUGUUUGCACUCAUGCAGGUCAACCACGUGCUUAACCAUAGAGGAGUUCUACUUGAUCUUAUUCUUAACUCUUCGCUUGAUGUUCACGUUCAACGAGAUCAAUGUCCCCUCCUCAUUGAAGAUGCCCACCAUCCAUCUCUCAAUUGCCUUGUCCCUAUACCAGCACCUGCUGCGCUGACUUUCAAUCUUGCUCCAAAUCCUGCCAAGUGUAAUCUACGCACACUUGAUGACGAUCUUUGCACGUUCGACUUUGCCUCCCUGGAUGCUAUCCAUGACAUCAAUGAGUCCUUCUGGGUGUUAAUAGAUACAAUCAGUAAGUCUGUUCUCAAGCACUCGCCCUUGAAGAAAUGGGGAUUUUCCAACUUUCCAGCCUGGUUUUCCCGUGAUCUAAAGAACUUACUAUUUCUGAAGAAAGCUCUCCACAAGGAAUAUAAGUCCACGCGAUGCGAAGUAACAUACCAGCGUUUUGCCGUAAUAAGAGCUCAAUGCAAUGCCCUAACCAAGGACUGUUUCACGGCGUAUGCAGAUCACAUCCAAGAAGUUCUCCCCCACAAUCCAAAAGUUUUUUGGUCAUAUGUAAAGAAUCUCAAUCGCAGUGGCUCUACUCCCACAACCCUUAGAUUGGACGGAAUAACGUCAACUUCAGACCAAACUGCAGCUAAUCUCUUUGCUGACUUCUUCUCUGCAGCUUUCAACCAUGAUGAUGACGUUGCUGAUGAUCCCCCGUCCACCCCUCCAUCCUUUGCCUUAAUAUCAUCAAUAGUACUCAAUGUUCCUGAAGUACGGCAAGCUCUACUUAGUCUGGACGAUUCAAAGGGAUGUGGACCUGACUUCAUACCUUCAUCAGCCAUUAAGCACAUUUGUAACCUCCUUGCUUAUCCACUCACCAAGCUCUUUAAUAGAUCAUUAUUCACUGGAGUCUUUCCUGACGCACUCAAGAAGAGCUUUAUUGUUCCUAUCCACAAAAAAGGUCCCACAGACGACAUAAAAAACUACAGACCUAUUGCUAUCUUGCCUGUUCUUGCCAAAGUAUUUGAGGGGCUAGUUCUCAGUAGAGUUAACUUUGCAGUUUCCCAGAUUAUCACCCCCCGCCAACAUGGAUUCUGGCGGGGCAGAUCCUCUGCUACCAACCUCAUGGUAUUCCAAUCCGACAUCAUUGACGCUCUCAACGUCACAAGCAGAUGGAUGUCAUCGAGCUUGACUUCGCUAAAGCUUUUGACCGCGUUGACCAUUGCUUACUUGUAA